GACUGUCAGUUCUGCAGAAGGUUCUGGACACAGCAGCGGAGCAUAACUGGCUGGUGACCUCCGUGAAUCUUGAGACAAUGACAGAAGCGUCCUUCCUCAAAGUGUUCCAGGACCUGGACAAAAAGAAGGAGGGCCAGAUCAUCAUCGACUGUGAGCUGGAGAGACUCACCUCCAUCCUGAAGAAGAUCAUCGAGUUGGGGAAGAAUGUGAAGAGCUACCACUACAUACUAGCAAACCUGGGGUUUCUGGACAUCGACCUGACAGAGUUUAAGAAGAGUGAGGCGAAUGUAACAGGCUUCCAGCUGGUGAACUAUGCAGACCGUAACAUCAGUAGGAUAGUGCAGCAGUGGAUGGACUUUGACAACAAAGACGCCAAAGUUCCCAAGCGAGGACUGAAGUACACUGGAGCUCUCACAUAUGAUGGAGUCAAAGUCAUGUCCACAGCCUUCCAGAACCUCCGUAGGCAGAGGAUAGAUAUAUCUCGCCGUGGAAAUGCUGGAGAAUGUCUGGCCAACCCACCAGCACCUUGGGGCCAAGGCAUCGAUAUUCAGAGAGCACUUCAGCAGGUUCGGAUUGAAGGCCUAACGGGACACAUUCAGUUUAACGAAAAAGGACGAAGGACAAACUACACUGUCAGUGUGAUGGAGCUCAGGCCAACAGGACCGAAAAAAGUGGGUUACUGGAAUGAGGAUGAGAAAUUUGUGAGCACGGCGGCCUACAUGCCAGGCAGUAAUGACACUUACGGACUUCAGAAUCGCACAUAUAUUGUUACCACUAUUCUGGAAUCACCGUAUGUCAUGCUGAAAAAGAACCAUGAGCAGUUUACUGGAAAUGAUAAGUAUGAAGGUUACUGUGUGGAACUGGCAACUGAGAUAGCCAAACACGUGGGAUACCACUACAUACUCAAGAUAGUGGCUGAUGGGAAAUAUGGAGCCAGAGAUCCUGAUACCAUGAUGUGGAAUGGGAUGGUGGGAGAGCUCGUCUAUGGUAAAGCUGACGUAGCUGUGGCCCCACUGACCAUCACCCUGGUCAGGGAGGAAGUCAUUGAUUUCUCCAAGCCCUUCAUGAGCCUCGGCAUCUCCAUCAUGAUCAAAAAGCCCACCAAGUCCAAGCCUGGUGUGUUCUCCUUCCUGGACCCUUUGGCCUAUGAGAUCUGGAUGUGUAUUGUGUUCGCCUACAUCGGCGUGAGUGUGGUGCUUUUCUUAGUCAGCCGCUUCAGUCCCUACGAGUGGCACGCAGAGGACUGCGAGGAAGGAGCAGAGCAGAACCCUAACCAACCCUCCUCAUCGUCCGCUCAACCGGGUCAGGGCCAGCAGAACCAGAACCAGCAGAGUCAGGAGCAGACCAACGAGUUUGGUAUCUUCAACAGUCUCUGGUUCUCAUUGGGUGCUUUCAUGCAGCAAGGCUGUGAUAUUUCCCCCAGGUCUCUCUCUGGCCGUAUCGUGGGUGGUGUGUGGUGGUUCUUCACUCUGAUCAUCAUCUCCUCAUACACAGCCAACCUAGCUGCUUUUCUCACAGUAGAGAGGAUGGUGUCACCCAUCGAGAGUGCAGAGGAUCUGGCCAAACAGACUGAGAUUGCUUAUGGGACUCUAGAUGCCGGCUCCACCAAAGAGUUCUUCAGGAGAUCAAAGAUCGCAGUCUUUGAGAAGAUGUGGUCUUAUAUGAAAUCUGCAGACCCCUCAGUGUUUGUGAAAACCACAGAUGAAGGAGUUAUACGGGUGAGGAAAUCCAAAGGGAAGUAUGCCUACCUCCUGGAGUCCACAAUGAACGAGUACAUCGAGCAGCGCAAACCCUGUGACACUAUGAAGGUCGGAGGGAACCUGGACUCCAAAGGCUACGGCAUCGCCACCCCCAAAGGAUCCCCUCUCAGAAACCCAGUAAACCUGGCAGUGUUAAAACUGAAUGAACAAGGCCUGUUGGACAAAUUGAAAAACAAAUGGUGGUACGACAAGGGAGAGUGUGGCAGCGGAGGAGGUGAUUCCAAGGACAAGACCAGUGCUCUUAGCCUCAGCAAUGUGGCUGGGGUUUUCUACAUUCUGAUCGGUGGUCUGGGUCUGGCCAUGCUGGUGGCCCUGGUGGAGUUCUGCUACAAGUCCAGAACAGAGUCCCACAGAAUGAAGCAAUCCAUCAAUGACGCCAUGCGCUGCUCCACGCUGACCAGGAUGAGCGGGAAUGGUAGCGGCGGGGAGAACGGGCGGAUUGUCACACAUGACUUCCCCAAAGCUGUGCAGACGCUGCCGUGCAUGAGCCACGCGGCGAGCAUGGGCCUGGGAGCCUCUGGCAUGUGACCAUCUUGACGGAGCGGCACGCGUCACAUGUAACGCACGGACCUCCCGUUCACCUGCCGUCUGCCCCUAUGUCUGUCUGGCCGCCCGCAACAGACGCACCGUACUGCCAAAAUGCACUCGAAGACUCUUCUCAG